GUGGUGGCAAGUUGCUGGAGAUCCUGAAGGCACGUGAUCUGUUGGUGUUGUCUGAAGAGAAACUGUUUCUAGGGAUCAUGGAUUGGAUCAAUUUUGAUGUCAUUGCAAGAGAACCCUUUCUAGUCGACAUUUUGAAGCUUGUAUACCUCCAUUUCGUUCCUGCUGCGGUACUCAGACAAAGCCUGUACAAUGAUGAUAAAUUCAUGAAGAAUAAGCAAUGCCUUGAUAUUUACAUUGAUGCAUUGCACUGUCAUGCUAUAGAGGAGGUCAAAGCAACCCGACCACGACGACCAAGAUAUCAAAGAUAUUCUGCAAAGGAGAAUAAGUUCUUAGUAACUUUUAGAUACAGAAUGCCGAUGUACUAUGAACAUGAGGAAGACAAGUGGCUACCUCUUCCUGGAUGCAAGUAUCCCCCAGGACAAAUAAAAAAAUGUACCAGUACGCUUACGACAAUAUAUGCUCUUGUUAAAACGACUGAUCCUUAUGAUCCCUCCGAGUAUUAUGCAGCAGAGGUUCUUGCUCAUCGCAAUCAACUCUGGGAAUAUUCUUGCCAAAGCAAUGAAUGGAAGUUGUAUGUUUUACCGACGAACGAGCCUGAUGAUUUGGUGUAUCUACAAGGAACGCUGUACGUAAUGGAGAACAAGAGAAUGUGGAAAAUGGAGACAGAUCAAUGGAAAAAUUGUGAGAGUUGUGCACAUAACUGCACUACAUCAUUUGCCUUUGGCAAGUACAUCAUUCGAUUUGGUGCAAGUAACUCCAAGAAGACGUUCUAUUGUAGCUUAUAUGAUGUUAACAAGAUGACAUACACCCAAAUUGUAUACAAGAUGCCAAAACCGGUUAUUGUUCAAAAAGCUGGGGUACAGUCAGUUAUGAUGAUUGAUGGGAGUGUAUACAACUGGCAUAAAUGGGCUAAGUAUUGUAUUAGUAACAAUGAAAUCAUGGACUCAACAUCAGGUGCAGCGUUUCUCAUUCCUCAAGAUGAUAUCCCACUUCAGCAGUCAAACAGAACAAUUCUAUUAAAAGAUAAACUUCACUAUGUUGUUGGACAGACAGUGUUUCUGCCCAAUACUGAACAUUGUAACAGUGCCAGUGUUUGUAGGAAUAUAACAAACCUCAAAAAGAAACAUAAAAUUUUGCCAGGAGACAAAAACAUUGUUUUUGUCAGUCUUGUUCGUGAAUGUUUUCGACCAAUUGAUUGAAUAAAUGAUGAAUGAUGUACUGAUAAUUAUUUAUGCAUAUAAAUAUUUGCCAAUUAUAAUACUUAAAGCAGUAUUGUCGAUUAAUUAACAAGUCUGAGAUGCCAAAAAUGUUUUUGUUUGUCUUUUGUGGGAGUUACCGACCCACUCAUUUUUUUUUCUUGGUUUUUACCAGUUUUUUUCUUUACAUCGUCUGUGAGAAACCAGUUCACUAGAUGGAUGUUCAGUUCGUUUACACCAUUUUUCUUUGAUAUGAAUUCAUUUUAAAUAGACAACAAAUAUCAGUGGUGGUGCCAGCGUCUG